AUGGCUGUCACCAUCGAUGCUGGCGUGGUCAGGCACAGGAUCCAGGUCAUGGACAUUCCGGAGGUGGACUUUGGGACUUUUCUCUGGAACACCUGCGAGGAGUAUGGAAAUCGCAUUGCGGUGACGGUGGCGGACGGCGCCAGCUUCAGCUACGGCCAGCUGCGCGAGCAGUGGCUGCGCGUGGCGGAUGCGCUCGAGUGGCUCGGCUUCGGGCCCGGACAGCGGGCGUGCGUGCACGCAGCCAACAGCUCCGACCUGGUGCUUGCCAUUGGCGGCACGCUCUGCGCCGGGGGCGGCAUCGUCUUCUCCAAGGCUGUCAUGACGCCCAGUACGUUGGAUUUCCGCCAACUGGGUCACGUCGUAGUCUUCGGUGAGGUGGAAGGCCUGAUCAGCUUCACGAAGCUGCUGAUUAAUGCUCGGGCGCUCGAAUGCCGGGCGCCACGCGGCGUGGACGCCGACACCAUGAUGGGCGCCUUCUACUCGAGCGGCACUACGGGCGUCGCCAAGCGGGUAGCCAUCUCGCACCGCCAGUGGAUCGCCCAGCUACUGGCCUCUAGAGAGCUGGCGGCUGGCCAGAUAGGACCAGAGGACCUAGUGCUGUGCGCAUCCUCGCUAACGCAUAUCAGCGGUCUCUGGCUGUUCUGCGGGUGCCUGACGCUGGGCGUCCCGCUGCUCCUGCUGCCGUCGUUCGACGCCGCACUGCUCGUGCCGGCAGUGCGCAAACAUAAGGUUACCACCAUCAUGAUAUAUCCAUCUUACCUGAGAAGCCUCAUCGACAACGCUCCAUCAGAGGCUUUCGAAAGCGUCGAUAAGGUGUUCAUCGGCGGAAGCACCGCCCAUGUCUCACUUUUACACGAGGCGCAAGACAAGUUCGGCUUCAAGUUUAUAUCCCAGGGUUACGGUCUCACCGAAACUUGUGGCAGCGUGACAUCGACGGGACUCCGGAGUGGCGGAUUCGGGAGCGUGGGGAAGCCAGUUCCAAUGGUGCAGCUGAAAGUGAUCGACUCGAGUACGGGAACGAAGCUCGGAGUCGGAGAGAAAGGCGAAAUAUGCGUCAAGGCACCGUUCACUUUCAUGGGCUACAUGAACAAGCCACAGGAGACGGCCGCUACGUUCGACGACGAAGGCUUCGUUCGAACAGGAGACGCGGGCUUCUACGACGUCGAGGGCAACGUGUACGUGACGGGCCGGCUGAAAGAGCUCAUCAAGUGCAUGGAGCUGCAGAUUGAGCCAGCCGAGAUCGAGCGGCUGCUGCUGCAGGACCCGGACGUGCAGGAGGCGCUCGUGCUCGGCGUGCCGCACCAACGGUUCGGCGAAGCAGCGCGCGCCUUUGUCGUUCUGCGGAAUGGACGAUCUCCCGCCGGUGGCACCGAGGGCAGGUUGCGUCGAGCGGUGGCGGAGGUGCUACCGAACCACGAACACUUGCACGGAGGAAUCGAGUUCGUCGACCACAUACCGAAGUCCGAGACGGGCAAGAGCAUCCGCUCAGGCUAUGAGGGAUGCGUACUUUCAAAGACAGGCUACUCUGAGCCAGUGAAACAUACACAAGCCUGGCCUAUGCUCACUGUAUACAUUCAGUGGAAUGCCUCAAGAGCAAAGCGUUGCUUUUAUCUGAAUCGCAAUUUCCAACUGGCACAUUUUUUCCCCUUUACUUAAUUCC